AAACAAGUGUGCAACGAUAUGGGUCGGCGGCUGACUGUGCUGGGGGAGGCGUGGGCUCAGGGGAAGCUGUCAGCCCCGGUGAGGAAGAGGAUGAGCCUCCUGGUGCAAGAGCUCCAGCAACAGCACUGGGAUGCAGCUGACGAGAUCCACCGCUCCCUGAUGGUGGACCACAUCAACGAGGUCAGCCAGUGGCUGGGGGGGGUCAAGCACCUGAUCGCCCAGAUGAGGAGCCUACCUGCUGCAGAGCCAGCUGCGGCAACAGAUGGCAGCGCCGAGGCCACGCCUGGCCAGGAGGAGCCCUGA